UCGAAUAUGCGAAUAAACUUUACAAUGCUACUGGGAAUAUUUCAAACAUCAAUAACAGUGGAUUUAUGCAAAUGAAGAACCCACAAUGUUAGAUGGAUCAGAUUCAUGCAAUCAUGGCGAAAGAAACGCCCAUCAUCCGUUCGCUGUCGAUGACCCACAGUCCAAUAGUGCAUUUAGCGUUGUUUCACGGGGUCAAAGAGGUCAAAUUGCUACAGCAAAUUCAAAUGAAGACUCACGCCACCAUCGGACGAGAGGAUCAAUACAAAAUUCGAAUGAUUUUUCCUCGAAUCGACAAAGUGAAAUUUUGUCAUAUAGAUCACGAAACUUAGACACGAAUAAUGCGUGUGAUAGUAACACGCAUAAUAAUGCAAACUGUGGUGCGAAUAGUAGCGUGCAUUUUGACAGUCAAACCGUAGGAGCGCGUUGCAGUCGAACUUUUUGCGGAAAUAACAACAAUAAAAACUCCGCACGUCUAAGAGCUGACGCUAUUGGUCCAGGAGUAAUAUUAGAAGAUUCUUCAUUUCAUUUGAAUCGAACGCAAAACGAAUCGAAUCGAACCUAUUUAUCAAGUCACUCGAGUAAAAUUUUGAGGCAUCGUGGAAAACGGACUAACAUGCCUCCUCAGGGUACAAUACCCAACGAAUCCGAUGGACAUUCAUCGGGUACGAGGUGCAGUCAACAUUCUUUACAAAACUGUAGAAAUCCUUCUUGUAAUGGUCAAGAAAUAUCACCAACGAGCAAUGGGAACGUAAUUUCACAUCGGAAUCGAACUCGUCUCACUAACGAUCUGGAACUUUUAUCCAGACCCAGUUGGUGCGAUGCGAAAUUUGCAUACGAGCAAGUUGUUCAAGGAAAAGCACACGGCAACAAGCAUGCAUUAUGGUUUCGUUCCAAAGUUCAUCAACUGUUAUUUCGUCUCGGUUGUUUUGUUCAACGUCGUGCAUGGUUUGUGUUGAUCCCAUGUCUCAUGGUUCUUGCUGCCUGUGCUAUUGGACUCAAGUAUGGAACUCUGGAAACUGAAGUUGAGAAUCUUUGGGUUGAAUCCGGAGGAAAACUUGAAGAAGAAUUAGAAUACACCAAGAAAUCGAUUGGAGAAGGUCUGGGUGCAACUUGGCAAAUCUUGAUUCAAACAGGGGAAGAUACAGCGACUAUUGAAUCCAUGAAACUUCAUCUGGCUGCUGCUCGUGCUGCAACUGAAAUUAAAGUUACUGUCUAUGAUCAAGAUUGGGAAAUAUCCGAUUUAUGUUAUAAAGAAGUUCCUGAUAUGGGCGAAUCAAGUUUUAUUAUUGAAACGUUUAUUCAAAAAUUAUUCCCAUGUUUUAUUAUGGGACCAUUGGAUUGCUUUUAUGAAGGAGCUGAAUUGCUUGGUCCUUCGACUCCGUUUCCAGCUAUGAAAUUCAACGGUGUUGAGAUUCCAGCUUUCACUUGGAAGAAUUUAUAUCCGAAGGAAUUACUUGAUAUGUUCAGUUCUAUUCAUGAUGUUCGAGAAUUUUCCGAACUUGUUCAAGAGGCUGGUGUUGAUUACGGUUACCAGAACAGAUGGUGUUUGGAUCCGUAUAAUGCAGAAUGUCCAGAACUUGCACCGAAUAAAUACACCAAGGAGCUUCCAGACGUAAAAUCAUUGAUAAACGCUGGGUGUGAAGGUUACGCAACAAAAUUCAUGAAAUGGCCAAACGAUCUCAUCGUUGGAGGAAUUGAGCGAGAUGAAGACGGAAAUAUAACAAAGUCUCACGGUCUCCAAACUCUGAUCCAAUUGAUGGGUCCAACAAACAUGUUUGAUUGGCACAAAAACACGAUCAAGGUGCAAAAUAUAAAGUGGGAUCUGGAUAAGGCAACGAACGUUUUAACAUUGUGGCAAAGAAAAUUUGUAGAGGAAAUGUACAAAGUAAAAGUGAACGCUUCAUCUUUCCAUUCAAAUCCUGAUGAAAUUCAUGCUUUCGCUCCUUCAACUGCUGAGGAUUUAAUUUUGGAAUUUUCAAACUUUAGUUAUCUCAGAGUUGCAGCUGGUUAUUUUCUUAUGCUUGUUUAUGCUUGUUUUACUAUGCUACGUUGCAAAGCUUCACGCUCUCAAGGUGCUGUUGGAAUUAUCGGUGUAUUACUUGUUGCUUUGUCUGUCAUGGCAGGUCUUGGAAUUUGCUCAGUUAUUGGAAUCAAAUUUAACGCCGCAACUACUCAGGUUUUACCAUUUCUUAUGCUUGGACUUGGUGUGGAUGACAUGUUCCUAAUCGCUCAUCAAUUUGGAGAAAUUGCUUGUCUGAAUUAUAUUCCCUUCGAGGAACGAACCGGUGAAUGCAUGAAGCGUGUUGGUGUCAGCGUCUUGUUAACCUCAAUCGCCAUUUUAUCCGGAUUUUUAUUUUCUAUGAUUAUACCUAUGCCCGCACUUCAGUCGUUCGCGCUACAAGCAGCCAUCAUUACAUGCUUCAAUUUAUUUUGUGUUCUAUUCGUAUUCCCGGCUGCGUUAAGUGUUGAUUUAUUACGAAGAAAGAAAAACAUGCUGGACAUAUUCUGUUGCUUCAAAAGUUCAAGUGCAAACGAUGUCAUCGAGUUAUCCGAUUUCAAUCACGAAGUAGCAGCUCAAUCUCCGCCAUCUUGUAAUACAUCCGGAUCACUCCCACCACGACCACAACCGGUUCCGGUUGCUCAUUUCACCACAUUACCAGCUGGACCUCAACAUCCUGAUAUGGACUCAGAAGCAACGAUCACCAUGCAUCACACCAUACAGGCUUAUUCAAAUGAAUCGUUUGUUACAUUCCUGGGUCCUGCUGCCGAAACCACCAUCAGUUCUACAAACCCUCAAGCGAACGGGGCUGAGACAUCUCAGGUACCCCAGUAUUAUCCACCAAUGACCCCACCACCGAAAUAUACCCCAGAAGGAAACCCACAGAUCACGGUAACCCCCGAUAACUCGACUUUGCCAAAAACUGCUUUCGAAGAUCAGAGUGAAUCCAAUGGAGUGCAAGUUACAACAACAUCUUCAAAUCCGAAACCUAACGUUAUUCACACUCGUUCAAACCCUUCAAAAUCCAAGCUCACCCCUUUCACGACAGCUGCUUCGUCCAAUCUUGUGACACCCAUGGUCAGUGUGAGGAGUUCAACACAUAGUCUCGUUCCCACUGCACGCAGUAAAGCAUCAAAAUGGUUCUGUUGGUCGAGUAACAAGCAGAAAUCAAGACGAGAAUCCGAAUAUACUGGUUGUUUUCCAUUCGUUACCGUCUCAGAAUUUGCAAAGAAAUAUUACGGACCUUUUCUUAUAAAGACACCGGUUCGCAUAUUUAUUCUCACACUGUGUGGUCUAAUACUGGGGGGUUCCAUAUACGGGUGUUUGCAAGUUCGAGAUGGUUUGGAAUUGGUUGAUAUUUUACCACGAGAUACAAGAGAACACGACGCAUUGUCUGCACAACUCGAAUAUUUCUCGUUUUAUAACAUGUUGAUUGUAACGAAAGACAUCGACUACGCUCACAAACAACGUGAGCUUCAUGAAUUGCAUCAUAACAUCAGCCAACUAAAGCAUGUCGUCAGAAAUACAGACGGAACAAAAACUAAAUUUUGGCUUGAAUAUAUGAGAGAAUGGUUGUCAAAUUUACAAGAAUCCUUCGACAAAGACUGGUCUCUUGGUUACAUCAAUGAAACAACGUGGAAACCACACGCAUCAGACGAAGGAGUUCUUGCGUUCAAACUUCUCCUACAAACCGGAAAACUUGAGGAAACAACCGAUUUUGGAAGAAUUGGAUGCGAACCCCCCAACAAUAAACCUUGCCAAAAGGUCAACAUUGUUAGGCUUGUAUCUGACGACGGUAUAAUACGAGAAGAUGCAUUUUACAAUUACUUAACUGCAUGGACACAGCUAGAUCCAUUAGCAUACAUCGCAUCUCUCGCUGAAAUGGUUCCUAAUCCUUUAACAUGGACGAAUGAACGAGGAGGAAAUUUAAUCAUACCGAGAUCAAGAGCCGUCACAUACGCUCAAAUGCCUUACUUUUUGAAUGGCCUUCAAGAAAAUGACGAUUUUGUUGAAGUCAUCAUAUCAGUUCGAGCAUUGUGUGAUCAUUACGAAGCUGAAGGAGUCGAAAGUUAUCCUACCGGAUACCCGUUCCUUUUCUGGCAACAAUAUAUUGAUCUGAGGGAAUGGUUAUUCAUAGCGAUGGGAACUGCAAUACUAGCAAUAUCAAGUGUAGUGGCGAUUGUACUUUUAAAUCCGUGGGCGGCUGGAAUAACGUGUCUAUUUUUGAUCACGAUAACAACAGAAUUGCUUGGAUUUAUGGGAAUUGCUGGAAUAAAACUGAGUGCGGUACCUGCUGUUAUAUUGGUUGCUGCUAUAGGACUCGGCGUCGAGUUCACUGUACAUAUAACAUUGGCGUUUAUUACAUCAUGCGGCUCAAGGGAAGAUAGAUCGAAAGCAGCUAUAACACAUAUGAUGGGUCCAGUAAUCGAUGGCGCUAUUUCCACUUUUCUUGGUGUUGUGAUGUUAUCUGGUUCCGAAUUUGAUUUUAUUGUCAGAUAUUUCUUCCAAGUGUUAGCAGUUCUUGUUUUGAUUGGUCUAUGGAACGGAAUAGUGGUACUUCCGGUUGUACUUUCGUUCAUUGGUCCACCGCCGGAAGUUGUACCACUCGGAGGCGGAAGUAGAUUGAAGACGCCGACCCCGCCCCCUACUCCAGCAAUUGAAGAAAAUGAUCGAGUUUGUCGGCAUAAUUGUAACAAUAGCAAUCAUACACCAAGGUAUCAUCGCCAUACCAACGAUUGCUGUGGACAUUGCACAUCACGUGAUGAUUCAUCUUACAUGCAGAGACGGGGUUACGGAUACCAAGACCCAUAUUUUCACCCAUCAUAUUGUCAUACACCCACAACACAUCGCUAUCCCCAUCAUCGACCAGCAUUUUACCCGGACCCCAGAUUCCAGUAUCAGAUUAACCCUGGAUACUGUCACCCCCAUUCUUUGGGUACGUCUGGGUCAAGCACACCCAGAGCAACUUUGGAUGAUGGGCGUGUCCUUAUUUAUCCAGAUUUUGUUGUUUAUUCGUCAAAUCCUAACUCGACCAAUCACGCACACCUUCAUCACUGUGACUCUCCGGUGCGUGUUUCGAGAAAUCAAGAUCAAAUCGUUCACCAAGGCACUAUGGAUAACAAUAAACCAAAUGCCAGUUCAAAUAAAGAUCAAGCUACUUCCUCAAAUGACAUGGGACAACAUAUUGCGACGUUAACAUCCUCAGUUACCGUAAAAGUUCGACCAGCCAGGCGCCAGCAUUGCCCUGUAUAUCUACCACCUUCUUCAUAUCAGAACAAUCAUUCCUCGACCGAAUCGUCAACAAUGGAGACAAAUUUCCAACCGAUAACCGAUCAAAAAUCGAUUGAUCCGGAUCGGAUUUCGUCUAAUCGAUUUCCUCCGGAUGCAUUUUCAAAACCGGUACCCCUAAAUCCGGCUGAUGAACGCUCUAACAACUUUUCGAAUAAUUCCGAAUUUCGAAAUGUUGUACUUUCCGAAACAUCGCGAAAUUCACCGAAUGUGGACGAAGCUUCGGAAGCCGUAGAUACUGCGUUUCAAAGGUUGGGAAAUCAUGACGUAAACGGUUAAUUACGUCAUCAAUUUUAAUAUGUUUUUAUAUAUGUUUAUCUAUUAUAUUCGGGUAUUUUCAUUUUCGAAAAUUUUCUUCAAAAAAAUAAAACAAUAAGCCUCAUAGCGAAUGAGUAUUUAUGCUUUAUAUAUUUUGUCGAACAAAUACGGUAAGCAAAAUUGUUACGUCACAAUUAUAUCCAGCAUUGUCACGAAUAAGCCUGCUUUAAAAUAUUUUGAAUGAGUGUGUUUUAACUAUGUUAUGAAAGUAACCAGUUACCAGUGAAUUUAAUUUGUUAAAACUUGAUAACAGCACCAGGUUUGAUGGAUUCCUGCCAUCGCAGGGUAGUUCACAUAACUGCUGGUCGGUUACGGCUUGCUCCACUUUACAAUACAAUACACCUAGAACAAAUCACUGGCUAACUAAUCCCAUACCCGACAUGGACUGGUAACCACAUAUUGUGAUUAGCGGCUUUGAUGCCUUAUGUUUCCCA